AUGGCUAAGUUGGGAUCAGCCCAACUUGUGUUACCAAAACAAGAUAUUGAUUUGCAACAUGUAUUAAUAAUUUUAAACCCGGAUACGGAGUUUUUCCUAUUCUUUACGAUUUCUACAUAUGGUUCUUUAAUUCCUAAUGAUCGAGUUAUUACUGAUGUCCCUGAAGACUAUGAUCUUUUAGAAGGAAUAAUAUAUAACAUUGUUCAUAACAUGUCAGACUUGAACUUAGUUAGUUCUGAUGAAUAUGUUACAGUAGCUCAAUCUAAUGAUUCUGAUCCGUAUCAACGUUGGUCAUUACGAAAGGUUAAAGACAAUAUCUAUAAUAUUGUAAAUAUAGGAUCAGGUACAAAUUUAGAUAACAAUGGUGAUGUAGCAUAUGUCAGUAGCCAUCAAAAUAAUUUCAUUACUAAUGAAAAUCAACACUGGACAUUUAGAAAAAUCAGAAAUAAUACAUAUAAUAUCGCUAAUAUGAAAGAUGAAACUCGUAAUAGUUUAAUUGCCAUAGAUAGUAAUGGUACAAAAGUUUAUAUCUUACCUUCUGAUAAGGAUAAUCUUCAUCAACAAUGGCUAUUUGAACCCAUCAAUUAUGAAUUAACUACAGUAAUAACGGACUUUGAUUUAAAUUAUGAUGAUACACGAAAUCGUAACAAAAAACAAAUUAACCUUUUAAGUGGUAAUAAUAAAAUUUUGAAUCCAACUAACGUAACUAUAGAACAAACGGUUGAUAGAAUAGAAACAAAAUCAAAUAGUUUUUCUUUGGAAAUCAGAAGAUCAGAGUCAUUUAAAAUUGGUGCACAUAUUGAUUUACAUUUUGAAAUUGGUGUAAGUGUUUUUGAUAUAUUACAGUUGAAAGCAGGUGUUAGUGGAGGGAUUGAAGGUGAGAUUAAAUCGACAGUUGAAGAAAGAAACAAAGGUAGUGUAACAGAUAAAGUUUCAUACCAUAUUCAACACAAAGUCAUUGUACCACCUUAUACCUCAGUACAAGUCAUUGCUAAUGUAGAUAAGGUUGAUCUUGUAGCACCCUUUAAUGCAAAAAUCAAAAUUACUUGUAAAGCAGAUAGACUGAGCAAAAGCGGACAAGUUGUUAAAAUGACUGAUGUUGAUGUUAAUGUAAUUAAAUAUUAUUUUCAAAGGGAAAAUUCAGGAGGUGUAAUAAUAGAUGGAGAUUUAUUUUAUAUCAAUACAAAUGGAACUCUUAAAAUAGAUGGUUAUGGAUUUGAUUCAGAAAUUAAAACAAUAAACAUAGAGACUUUUAAACCGAAAGGGACACCUUCGUCACCUUCGUCACCUUCGUCACCUUUGUCGCCUUUGUCACCUUUUUCACCUUCGUCACCUUCGUCACCUUCAAACAAGUCAGAAUCCACUUCAGAAUCUUCUCCAAAGAAUCUAGUUUUACUUUAUCAAGUAAUACUUACUUUAUUUCAAAUAAUUAUGUUACUACAAAUACAAAAUUAA